UGUUCUCAGUCUGAAUGAGGCCACAAUUUGACAGCUCGACAAGCAGCUAACAGACAGCAAAGAGUGCUUCCUGCAUAGUGGUUUAGUUUUUGGUCUGGUGGCUUGUUUGUCAGACUUUAAUAUCACCAUGACAUCUUCAGUAGACGAUAGCAAUAAAGAUAAGAUGCGCUCCGUGUCUGUGGACCUAAACAACGAUACCUCUCUUCUCAUUGACAUUCCUGAUGCCCUCUGUGAAAGGGACAAAGUCAAGUUUACUGUCCAUACAAAGCCCACACUUAGUGCUUUUCAGAAGCCGGACUUCUCAGUUCCCAGGACAGCAUGCAGACUUCAUUGGCUUCUGAUACUCUGGUGAGACAGGGACUAUGCCGGCCUAAUAAUUCCCCCUGUGCCACCAAAGCCUGACUUUGAGGGUCCAAGAGACAAGAUGCAUAAACUGGGGGAAGGUGAAGCCACGAUGACAAAGGAGGAGUACACCAAGAUGAAGCAGGAGCUGGAAGCUGAAUAUCUGGCAGUGUUUAAGAAGACUGUCCAAGUGCAUGAAAUUUUCCUGCAGCGGCUGUCCUCUCACCCUGUUUUAAGCAAGGACAGAAACUUCCAGAUUUUCUUGGAGUAUGAUCAGGAUCUCAGUGUGAGAAGAAAGAAUGCCAAGGAAAUGUUUGGAGGAUUCUUCAAAAAUAUGGUGAAAUCAGCUGAUGAGGUCUUGAUCUCGGGGAUAAAGGAAGUUGAUGACUUUUUUGAGCAGGAAAAGACUUUCCUACUUGACUACUACAGCAAGAUAAGAGAUUCAACUGCCAAAGCAGAGAAAAUGACUCGCUCGCACAAAGUAAUUGAGGGAUGAUACAUUCACAUCUCUGUCACUCUGAACAGCCUCUCUGCUGAUGACAGUACAGCAAAUAAAAAGCUGCUGGAGAAGUUGUCAGACCUGUUUGAGAAGCUCAGAAAAGUGGAGGGAAGAGUAGCGUCAGACCAGGAGCUGAAACUCACAGAACUGCUAAGAUAUUACAUGAGAGACAUCCAGGCUGCCAAGGACCUUCUCUACAGGCGAGCGCGGGCAUUGGCUGAUUAUGAGAACUCUAAUACUUUAGAUAAAGCACGGCUGAAGAGCAAGGACAUCCCCCAAGCAGAGCAACACCAACAGCAGUGCCUGCAGAAAUUUGACAAGCUGUCUGAAUCUGGAAAAAAAGAACUCACCAGUUUUAAGGGCAGACGUGUAGUGGCCUUCAGGAAGAACCUUAUAGAGAUGGCUGAGCUUGAGAUAAAACACGGGAAGAACAAUGUGACUCUAUUGCAGGGAUGCAUUGAGCUGCUCAAAAGUAACUAAGGUGAAGUGUUCGUGACUUACCAUCAGCAAAUGAAAUCCUGGUGUGCCACGGGCCUCGUGAACAUGAAUCCAAGCCCUUUUUCUGCCGUCACCCAUGGGUCUGAUGCCACUUUAAACGCUUCACAAGACAAUGUCUUGUAUGCAGAAUGUCUCCAUGUUUACAGAGUCCCUGUCCUCUGAUCAGUGGUCAUUCUUUUUUAUGGUCGAUGGAAGACUCAAUUAUUGUUGUCUCCAGAACACCAUUAAGUUCUUCCACAUUUUUACCCCACCAAUAGUUAUGAUUUUUUUUUUCUUGGUAUUUCUUGGGUUCUUAUUUUUAUAUUAUGCAUAUGUGAUUUUUGCCUUUUUGAUCAUAUUUUUGUCUUUGCAAAUUCUGACUCUGUUUCCUGAAGUACACUUAAGUACAUAGUACCAGUGCUAUACAGUCUGGGAUUUUUUCAAACUACCUUUUAAUUUUGUUUUGUUUUGGUCAUUUCACAUCAAUAACCAUUCAGACUGAGUGCUUAAUUGGCUUCCAGGAUGGGCUGCUUUGAUUUGGUAAUGGAACAGUUUGCAAAUAAGUAACUAGUGCAACAGUGUGGGGCAAAAAAAUCCGUUCCUGGAAUUUGUGAAAUUGAUCCAGACUGCUCAAACCCGAGUUAACCAUUUAAAAUUGAUCAUCUUUGAAAAUUCAAAAUGAGCCAUACUUUGUAGUGUCUGCAAUGGUGUCUUAGAUUAGAUCCACAUUUCUGUCUGUAACUCUCAUUCCACAACUGUCAUAUGCUAAUUUGCUUUGCAAGACAUCUGUUGUUACAUUUGUUGAGAAUCAGUCCCUUUUCCCCGUUUCUCAUCAGUUUCUUUUUGUGAAAAUGUAUGUAAGUGAUCCUCAGGUGCUGUCAAACAGCUGCUUGGAUUAUAUGAUGUUUAAUGCAAAUAGAUUAUUGGAGGAAGAUUUCAGCAGACAAUUGGAGAAGUUCAAAAUGAAUCAAACCACAGUUCCUCUGAAUAUGUAGUAUCUAUAUAUGAGAAAUCAAGAUUGAUAGCUAGCUGUGAGUCUCGAUUUUGGCAGAACAUUUUGGUUUUUCUUUCCACAUGGCACUCUACUGUGUUCACCAUUCUUUUAACCAUCCUAUUCACAUGUUCUUUUGUGGUGUGUAAUUGUUUUUCUUCUUUUCUUAAAUUUAACUUUUAUUAAUUACUUUUCAUUUGUCAUACCUGACCCAAAACUUUACCUGGUUUAUAAAGAGUCUAAGUUUAAAAAAAUAUAUAAUUACAUUAAAUGCACUAAGAAGAUGGAAAGUACUUUAUAGUCAUGGCCAGCUCCUAUGAGUAUUAAAAUUGCAUUAGUUUUAUAAUCAAACAAAAAAGAAUGCAUUUGUAAUGUAUUCCAACUGUGCAGAUACCUUUACACAAAGCUUUUCAUACAGAACAUUAGCAUUUUAUACAUUUGUAAUGAUGAUGCAUUCAAUAAAUUCUACUUUCCCAA